AUGGCACUAGAAACAAGCAUAAUCUUCCCAACAAACAAGCACAACCGCCCCACACCGCCCUCAAAAGUCUACCUCCACGGACUCGACGGUCUCAGUGCCGCUAUUCAAAUCCACAAUCACCGCUUCUUCCGUCGUCCGUCUACCCCACUUCCUGAUGUGGUUGAGCAAUUGAAAGCCUCUCUGGCGGAGGCUCUAGAGCUGUAUCCACCUGUCGCUGGUACGGUGCAGUCCAACGACAUGGGUGAGAUCUUUAUUGCCAUGGACAAAGGUGACAUCGUCGGAACGCCCUUCUUGGUGGAUUUGAAGGAUACGCCAUUCGUCAAGGAUGAGGAGAAUUUGUCGCCAAGGACAGAUGUGAUCUUGCCUCCCAUGGCCAGCACCUUGGCUUUCUCGUGUGGAACGAUCUGUGUGGCGUCAUCGUUCAACCACCAGGUCGCAGACUUGCGUGGAUUCUUAGAUUUCCUGGAACUCUGGGCACAACUCUCCAGAGGCGAACCCGCUGAUUUCACCAGGAUCCCAGAUGAUUGGGAGCGCACGCCCGGUCGCUUCUUUACCGAUCUCGUCAAACAAUUUGAAGGAGUAUCUCUUGCAGCACCACCACCGUUCGUCCUCCUCGAUACCCCGGCGACGGGUCCAUCGGCUUACUUGUUGGCACCCUCGGUCGCGACGAACUGGAAAAUUUCAAAGAGCUCGAUGGCGCAGUUGAAACACGAUCUUUCACCACCUGCUGGUUCGGGACUCUGGAUCUCUUCAGGAGAUGCCCUGGCUGCAUUGGUUUCUGGAGCCGUCACGCGUGCCCGUCAAGACAACAAGGUAGCAAGACUAGAGGGCCGAUCAAGCGAGGAAUCAGAGGUCGAGAGUAUCGCCAUGGCGGCCGAUGGUCGCGAGCGGGCACCCAAGGGCGACAUGUCUGGAGGUCGCUACCUAGGCAACUUCAACAAUCUCUGGAGCCUCACCGUCCCACGCUCAGACCUCUCCACCCCAACCACCGAGGCCACAGGCCGAGUCGCCCUCGCAAUUCGUUCCAACCUCGAAAUCCACCUCUCCGCCGAGUCUGUCGCCAAGCGGGUAGCAUUCUUUGAUAACCCCGCAGUCUGUAACCCUCCAGGCCGUGUGGGGUGGGUGGCCGAUAUUGUGUUGACCAACUGGUGUCGGUUUGAUCUGAAGGGUCCUAAAUUGCGGUUUGGAUGGGGAGAAAAGCCGUUCAUGGCGACGUCGGGAGGUGGAACGGUUUUCCCUCCUGCGUACAGUUUGAUGACGGAAGAUAAGGAGACGGGGGAUGUGUUUGUUCUGUUGACGGUUGAGAAUGACGGCGAGAGUGCGCUGGCUGGUGAUGUGUUGUUGAACAAGUAUGCCACCCUCGUCAGUUCGUAG